AGGCUGAAACACCAAUGUGGAGUCUACGCUGAAGAACAGUACCACCUGUAACUGUAACUGUGCCUCUGCUCCCGACUUUUCAUGCCGACACCGAGGAUGAAGAAGCAAAACGUCCGGACCCUGUCGCUCAUCCUCUGCAUGUUUUCCUACUUGCUGGUCGGCGCCGCGGUGUUUGACGCGCUGGAGUCUGAGUCGGAGAGCUCCCGCAGACGCAUCUUGGAGCAGAAGCGCAACGAGAUGAAGAAGAAGUACCGUUUCUCCGAGGACGACUACCGCGAAAUCGAGCGAGUGGUGCUGCAAGCUGAGCCCCAUCGCGCCGGCAGACAGUGGAAAUUUGCUGGCUCUUUUUACUUUGCCAUAACAGUCAUCACCACCAUUGGUUAUGGACAUGCAGCACCAGGCACAGAUGCAGGAAAGGUCUUCUGCAUGUUCUAUGCAGUGCUGGGCAUCCCUCUGACUUUGGUCAUGUUCCAGAGCCUGGGAGAGAGGAUGAACACAUUCGUCCGCUAUCUUCUACAUAAGGCGAAGCAGUGUCUGGGCUUUCACCACACCGAGGUGUCCAUGGAGAACAUGGUCCUGGUGGGUUUCCUGUCCUGUAUUGGUACACUGUGUGUGGGGGCUGCAGCUUUCGCCCACUUUGAGGGAUGGAGCUUCUUCCAUGCUUACUACUACUGCUUCAUCACACUCACCACCAUCGGCUUUGGAGACUUUGUGGCCCUGCAGAAAAAGGAGGACCUCCAGGAGAAAACCCCAUAUGUGGCUUUCAGCUUCAUGUACAUCCUGGUGGGCCUGACUGUUAUUGGGGCCUUCCUUAAUUUAGUAGUGCUUCGUUUCCUCACCAUGAACACUGAGGAUGAGAGGAGAGAUGCUCAAGAAAGGGCGUCACUGAAAAGGGACAGGGGCCUUUUGGAUGGGGCUGUGGGUGUCCAUGUUGAACAGGGCAGAGAUGGCCACAGGGGAAGGAACAGGGGCAACUUGGUGCACAGUCGCAGCCACAGUACGCUCUUCCUCCCGAUUGAGGAGGGAACCAGCCGCACCAACCUCAUUGCCUCCCCAGCGGAGGACCAGGAGGGAGGGAGAAGCCCCUGCAGACACAGGCUGCAUUUACAGAUUAAGGCAGGCAAACACAGGCCAGAAUCAAGCCUCAGCUCCCUCUGCUCCUGCGUAUGCUACCGCUUGGGCAUUUGUGAUAGUCCUCUCAUGUCCCACAGUGAACACCACGGCUGUCAUAUCAAUUCUGUUUAUUACAACUCAGUCUCCUAUAGGAUCCAAGGUUGCUCGCCAGGUUCCAGGGACAACACUGGACUUUCUUCCCCAGGUAGCACACUCUCGCCUGGGCACAGCUUCCGGGAGUUCUCCCGUUCAAGGAGAAAGUCGGUGUAA